AUGGUGAAGGCCAUCAGGGUCCACGAGGUGGGCGGCCCAGAAGCGAUGCGAUGGGAGGAGGUGGAGGUGGGGGAGCCCAAAGACGGGGAGAUCCGGGUGAAGAACACCGCCGUCGGCGUCAACUUCAUCGACGUCUACUUCCGCAAGGGGGUCUACUCCGCGCCCCUCCCCUUCACACCCGGUAUGGAAGCUGUUGGCGUGGUGACCGCCGUAGGGCCUGGCCUCACUGGCAUGAAAGUCGGGGACGUUAUCGCGUACGCCGGCAUGCCUAUGGGUUCCUACGCUGAAGAACAGAUCAUACCGGCCAGUGUCGCCGUCCCUGUCCCGUCUUCAAUCAAUCAUAACACUGUGGCUGCUAUCUUGCUCAAGGGGAUGACUGUCCAUGUUUUGAUCCGCCGUGUAUUUAAGGUUGGGCCUGGACACACUAUUCUGCUCCAUGCCGCUGCUGGUGGAGUUGGUUCGCUCCUUUGUCAGUGGGCGAACGCCCUUGGGGCCACGGUCAUCGGAACCGUUUCUAACGAAGAGAAAGCUGUGCAUGCGGCUCAAGAUGGGUGUCACCAUGUGAUCAUUUCCACCAAGGAAGAUGUCGUGGCGAGAGUCAAGGAGAUCACUGAUGGAAAAGGUGUACAUGUGGUAUAUGAUUCUGUUGGAAAGGAUACAUACAAGGUUUCUUUGGAAUCCUUGGCUUUCCAUGGUUACUUGGUGUCGUUUGGGGAGUCCUCAGGUUCACCUGAUCCAAUUUUGAUUGGCGACCUGUCUCCCAAGUCGUUGUUCCUAACAACGGCCAGCAUGUUGACCUACACGGGCACCCGCGAUGAGCUGCUCCAGUCAGCAGGUGAGGUGUUUGCCAACCUGGCCAGCGGGGUGCUGCGCAUCCGCGUGAACCACACGUACCCGUUGUCCGAGGCGGCCCGCGCCCAUGCCGACCUCGAGACCAGGAAGACCUCAGGGUCUAUAUUGCUCAUCCCGGACAACUAA